UUACUACGUUAUAGAACAAACUUGAUCUCCCCCCCGGCCCAAUUUGACGGGCUUUCUUCCCGUUCGUCAGUUUUGCUCAUUCAUGCGCCCGACCACGUUUUACCCGGUUCCGUCAAUCUGGUUCCUCCGGCUCGCCAGGUGGCCCAGAUUUCUCUAGUUGUAGCAGGAGGACUGCACGAGGUGGAUUAUUCCACCGCGAAAUACGUUUAUCCAAGACUUCAUCAUUAUUCCCGUUCUUUUCUUCCUCGUCGGUAGAGUGAGGGUGAAUGGCCGCGAUGCUUCCCAUCCAGGUAUGUCGCAGUUCGUCCUGCCGAGCGUGGACGUUUCCGGUAGCUCGGGUUUAUCUCCUUCGAGAGCCACCGCUCUGCUGUUGAAUGGCACUGUCAAGGCAUCGAGCACUGCCUAUUUCUCGGCGUUUGUUUCUGCCGUUCAAAUUCAUGCUAAUAUGUGAUGGCCCUCUAGCCCGAGUCGAGCAUGGCGAAUACCAUAGCCCCCGCCGACAGCAAACUGUGCGCCACUCGUGAGCAUCGGAUCACCAAGGGCGGUAGGCACCUUUGGUACCAGCUGGAAGUCUUGCAGCAGCCCGAGCGUGCGAGAGCGUGCGGUUCGGGCCCCAAAUCCUCUGCCGAUCGACGCCCUGUCGACCCGCCGCCAGUGGUCAUCCUCAGGGUUUUCGAAGGCGAACACUUUGAUACUGCGCGGGAUAUCACUUUCGAUUAUAAUGUGGAUUUCUUCUGCUACGCCUCUCUCGAACAUGCCCGCCCUAUGGCCCACGGCAGAGUCCAGACCCCGGCAGCCACGUCGCCGCCUGUUCUCACGGGCUUUCCCGUGUCCGGAUGCUGCUAUCUCGACCGUCCGGACCCGGCUGGGUACUUCUUAUUCCCGGAUCUCUCGGUCCGCCACGAAGGACGCUACCGACUGGUUUUUAGUCUGUACGAGUUGAUCAAGGAGGAACAAGACCAAGACCGAGACGCGCCGCCUCCAGACCCCGAGGAUGGUAUGUCGGAUCUGAGUGCGGGGAACGCCAACCACCGUAUGGACCUGAGGUCGUCCGACUUCAUCGUUUAUAGUGCCAAGAAGUUUCCCGGUCUGACCGAGAGCACCUCACUGAGUCGUACCGUCGCCGAACAGGGCUGCCGCGUACGUAUCCGACGCGACGUCCGCAUGAGGCGCCGCGACACCAAGGCCUCUGCUGCUAGCGAAUAUGACAACAACGCCGAAGACGAAUAUACUCGACGUCAUAGAACGCAGACCCCCGAAGCUUACCGCGCCCGGUCUAUGAGCAAUUCGAGCAUGGAGCGAGCCGCAUACGCUCCUGACCACCCGCGUCGCCCUUCGAACGCCGAGUAUGGCCCGCCGCCGCCGCCGCUCUACCAGAACGGACAACCCCCUUCAGCCAUGUUAAAUUUUGGACACGGGGGCAAUUCUGGUUUCGCCCAACCUUACGGGCCCGCGCCUCCCGCGAGCCAAUCCACGCCGGUGUCCCCCGCAGCGCCGCUCUUCCCCCAGGGUGUCAACUUCCCGCCGCCGCCUCCCUCGCCUAGCUACUCGUCCGGCUAUUCGCAGUACGAACCUGCUACCGGAGACCCGGAUCUUCGAAGGCGGUCGUCAGCCGGCUUCUCUACGAUUUCCGCCAAGCCCCCAGCGCCGUAUUCCCUCUCCCGGGUGCCGCCGAGACCUCCCACAGCCUCAUCUAUCGGGCCUAUACCGUCUCUGCCAUCGAUAAUUGCGAGCCCGAAAAUGUCACCAUCCCACUUGGGCGACCGUUCGGGCUCGAUAGCGGCCCUGCCUCGGCCGCUAUACCCUCAACCGGAGUCCAGGCCCAUGAAGCGCUCCAUUGACGAACUCACGUCGACUACGCAGGAGGGCCGUAAUGUUAAUGGAGAACGGCCGUCGAUCAGCUAUCACACUGGACUUCCUGUGUACCGGAGGGCCGACGGUUCAGAAAGGACGGCUGUAUUCCCGGACACUCUCGCGUAGACCAUUUAUGCGGCGGCUGCCUGACGACAGGUUCACGGAUUUCACGAAUAACAACGCGCAAGAUUUGCGGCGGAGUUGGGCGUUGGACGGCGCCAAUGGCGGCUUUCGCCGCUUGUAUAUAUAUAUAUACAUUAUGCAACAUGGCCAUGGAUGUGCCUACUAUUUUCUGUUUCAUUUGUGUUCGACUACUUCCCGCUGCCACUCAUUUUCGCAGCGUAAAUAGCUUUAGCAUGGGGGAUUCCCUCUGUCGAGGUGUCCUUCAACUGGCACAACCCCGCCCCCCUCGCAGACUGGU